UUGAGAUUGCGAGUUAAAUUACCAAAAGGGUAUAAAAACAUUGAUCAUCUGCCGUGUGCCGCACCUAUCUCAAUCCAUCUGCUAUUGUUUGCGGGUCAAAGUUUCAUCAGCCACAUACGUGUCUUCCGGGGCAGAGAUCUCUGAUUCGUUUCCCUACUCGAAGUUCCACCGGGCACAAAGUCCCAACAUUCUAGGUCAGUUUAGUAAGGCUUACCGGUGCUGUUAUUUAUAGACCUUGCAGUUUGGACCCCGCAUCCUUGUCGCACAAAGUAUCCUGUAUCCAGCAAACCAUAGUUCGUUCCGUUAAGUGAAAAUGACGCUCGUCUGGGGAAUUAUUGCAUCGUUUCUGUACGUGGAGAUAUUCAUCGUCCUGUUGCUGGUGCUACCGCUCCGUAGCCCACAGCAAUGGCAUCGAUUCUUCAAAUCCCGCUUCCUGGCCAUGCUGAGCCGACAGGCCCAGACGUACUUCUAUCUGCUGCUCGCCGUCCUGGUGCUGUUUCUGCUCGAAGCCAUCCGUGAGAUGCGCAAAUACUCCUCCAACGAUCAUACCCACACGGAAACGCAUCUGAACGUCGAAAUGCAGCACAGCAUGCGGUUGUUCCGGGCGCAGCGUAAUUUCUACAUCUCCGGUUUUGCCAUAUUCCUGUCGCUCGUGAUUCGUCGUUUGGUAUCUCUAAUCAGCGGACAGGCGGUACUGCUUGCUCAGGCGGAAGCUUCGAUGAAGCAGGCCCAGAGCGCCACCAGUGCAGCCCGCACCUUGAUGAGCCAGCAGAAGACGGACGACAAACAGCCGGAAACUAAGGCCAAGCCUGCUGGGGAUGAUGUAAAAGUCGAAGAGCUCAAGAAAAAGAUUGCCGAUCUGGAGCAAGAAUUGACAAAGGAGCGGAAGGAUAAGGAAGCCAUGAAAUCGCAAUCGGAGAGCCUCAACCGAGAGUACGACCGGCUGACGGAGGAAUACAGCAAGCUGCAAAGAAAAAUUACCAUUUCCAGUUCGGAUAAGAGCGAUUAAAUAGUGUGUAUCUGAACUCGAACUUGUAAAAGUACUGUUUUGCUCGACUUUCUUAUUGCUGUGUCCAUUUCUGUAUCUAAAACCAUUUUCAUUAGAGUUUGGAUCUCCAUUGCUUUGUUUUUCUUUAUUCUUCUUUUUCGAUACUAAGUUGUGAAGACUUACCCUUCUUUCACCAGGGCGUUAGGGUGAUGGAUUGAUUAUUUAACUUUCAUGUUAGACAUUAACCAUAAUUGCAUUUCCUUGCAUUGAAUACACAGAAAUAUGACAGAAAAAAAACGUUGCUUGAUACUUUGGGAUAUUAAUGCACGGAGAACACUACAGUCAGAGGAAUGAUGGGAGUGUCAUGGGGCGUUACAUAUUUUCGACGCCAACAAUCAGCAAGCCUUGAACCUUCGGUGUUUUAAUAAAUGUAUACUGAUAUUACAGGAAAAA